AUGAAGGUCUCAAAGCGAGCUUUACUGGUAAUAGACCAAGAGGUUCGACUGAAAUGUGAAAGCAGUAUUGUUUGUGAAUGCAUGAACAAGCUCCAGUAUGGUCUACCUUGUCGCCAUUCUUUGCCUGCUGGAAGGGAUAUCUAUAUUUCUGAUAUCCCUGAAAGGUGGGUUAUUGAUCCUCGUAAUGUAAAGCCAAGGGACAACACUUAUCGGGAAAACUUCCAGCUUGAGGAAAGACCAGAGGUGUGGAUGGAGGAAGUAAUUAAACUCGAGUCACUGUUUCGGUCCUGUGAGGGCAGCCAGCAAGUGGCUAACCUCCUGAAUAAGAUCAAGAAGGUCACUUCUGAAUUCGAAGGCAAAACUGGGCACCCUUCGAUUAACUUUCAAGCCCCAGAAAAAAUUAAAUAUCCUGGCAGAAGAAAGGGUGGUGCACGUCCCAAAUACCUUCCCAAAGACUUUGGUCGGGCAAACUGGAGGAAGAUCAGUGUUUCGUCUGGUCAUGCUGGCCUUAAGGCAAUGGUUAGACUGAGAGCUAAAAUGAGGGAGGGAAAGCCUGCAGCUACACAAAAAACAAAAAACAAAAAACAAAACAAAAACAAACAAGAGCCUCUCGACCCAGUCGAUGCUACCAAAAACAAAAUAAAACAAAUAAAGCAAGAGCCUCUUGACCCUGGAUGUCGUCUUACACGAAUAUGCUUUUUAGUCGAUGCCACCAAAAAUAAAACAACAAAAAUAAAACAAGAGCCUCUCGACCCAGUCGAUGCCCCCCAAAAAAAUGGGUUCAAAAGACCCGCCACCGCCUUAGAAGAUUACCAGUAUGAUAAUCGCACCUCUGUUGGCAAGAGGGUCAAAUUCCAGCCCGGUUUUCCUGUCUCUCAUGAGAUAAUCGAUGAUGUCAAGGGUGGGUUUAGCCCUACUGCUGACGGAUGGUGUGGUUUUCGGGUCCUUGCCCACUUGAUCUACAAAGAUCAAAAUAAGUUUUCACUUGUAAAAAGGGAUAUGCUAGCCGCCCUGCCGAAAUACAAAACAUUGUACACAAAUACCUUUGGCACUGACACAAGCCAACUAGAAAAAAUCAUUCAACAUGGCUCUCAACUCGAUUAUAGCAACACCAGCAACACCAACACCAACUUCAUCCCAGUAUGUUCAGACGCCAGUAUGUGGUUUAACACACCCGACUGUGCUCAACUAGCUGCGGACACAUAUACACGACCAGUCUGCGUCUACUCAGACAACCCCAACACCCCCUCAACAACCUUUCUCCCAUUCGCCCUUCCCAACAACAAAACCAAACAACGACAACCUCUGAUUUUUAAUCAUGUUAACAGUAAUCACUGGACAACAGUUGACCUUUCCCGUAAUAUCUCUAGAAAAUGGCCAACCGUUCCUGAAUUAUUUUUUUUAGGUUGUGCCAGAAAUAAGAUUGAUGAUAACUUUGAUACUUACUGGAAUAAGUUCAAAGAAUUUAACAAGCAUGAUCGCCGAAAUGCCAUGCUCUCUCUCCAUUCUGAUCUAGAUCAACCAAUUGAUCUUACUCCAAAAUAA